AUGGUACCAACUCGAAGUCUGUCUCUGGUUCUAAAGGAGAAGCCUGUCAGCGUUGUCUUCUGUGACGGAGUGGACCAGCCUUGCCACCUCUUGCCUCCUCGACUCAUCCAUAUCCCCGUCACCUUCACUGGGCUGUGCGCUCGUGUCAAGCCUCUUAGUGUAGAUGGAUCUGCAAAGACCAAGGACAGCUGGGUCGCUCAGGCAUCAGUUCAGCAUGUCCGACUAGGAGGAGGCCCUCUCAGGAACUCAGACUGCUCACCCUGCAACCUGGCAGAGGUGGAAGGCAAUGAUGAUUUUUACUAG